CCUCGUAAGCGGCAGUACACAGUGUCGCCGACAGGUGGUGUGUGUGCUGCAUGCAUAACAACGACAAUACACACUGUACCUUGCUAUAUUAGCCACCAAGAAGCUUCUUAACGUUAGCCAACAAAUAAAACUACAAUUUUUAAAAUUUGGAAAAUGACAGCCAGUGCAGGGAAUUGACGAAAGCAUUCUCUAUGAACAGUCCGUACCGCGUGGAUUAUUUGAUUUCAGUCCGUCUUUGAAUUAAAACGAGGUAUAUCCUUGCUCAGCACCCAGAGCAGUAAGAGCACCUACUCCAGCAGAUCCAGAAAAUGUUAAAGAAAUGAUAGCAGCGCAGGACUUGCACACUGAGUUUCAGUUUCCUCAAGAGGCAGAAUCUCAGUUGUCUUCAGAUACUGACCUUGAGGAUCCCGAUGGCAAAAAUGCGAAGACAGGAAAGGGCCUGGCAGCCAAGAAAGGGAAGAAGGCGCUUGGAGACAAGGCCAAAGGUGGUGGAGCUGGGAGGGUCACUGGUCCCGGCUGGGUGAAUGGCCACCAUCAGGAGAAUGGAAUGGAGAACAUGACCUUGUUUGAGGUGGUUAAAAUGGGGAAGAGCGCCACACAGUCUGUGGUUGAUGACUGGAUUGAGGCAUACAAACAUGACAGGGACACCACUCUUUUGGACUUAAUCAACUUCUUCAUUCAGUGCUCUGGCUGUAAAGGUGCUGUGAGUGGAGAGAUGUUCAGACAUAUGCAGAACUCGGAAAUCAUCCGGAAAAUGACAGAGGAGUUUGAUGAGGACAGCGGCGACUAUCCAUUAACCCUCUCAGGACCACAGUGGAAGAAAUUCAGGAUAAACUUCUGCGACUUCAUUGCGGUUCUGGUGCGACAGUGUCAGUACAGCAUCAUUUAUGACGAGUAUAUGAUGGACACAAUCAUCUCGCUACUCACCGGCCUGUCUGACUCACAGGUCAGGGCCUUUAGACACACAAGCACACUAGCAGCCAUGAAGUUGAUGACAGCCUUGGUGAACGUGGCUCUGAACCUAAGCAUCAAUAUGGACAACACACAGAGACAGUAUGAGGCAGAAAGAAACAAGGUCAUUGCUAAGAGGGCCAAUGAUAGGUUGGAGCUACUGUUACAGAAGCGCAAAGAGCUUCAAGAAAAUCAAGAUGAAAUUGAAAACAUGAUGAAUGCAAUCUUCAAGGGAGUGUUUGUUCACAGAUAUCGCGAUGCCAUUGCUGAAAUCAGAGCCAUUUGUAUUGAGGAAAUAGGAGUGUGGAUGAAGCUGUACAGUGACGCCUUCCUUAAUGACAGCUACCUAAAGUAUGUUGGCUGGACAAUGCAUGACAAGCAAGGUGAAGUGCGUCUGAAGUGCCUGACUGCCCUGCAAGGCCUGUUCUACAACAGAGAGCUCUGCACUCGGCUGGAACUCUUCACAAGCCGCUUCAAGGAUCGCAUUGUUUCUAUGACUCUGGAUAAGGAGUAUGAUGUUGCAGUGCAAGCUAUUAAACUUCUGACACUUGUCCUACAGAGUAGUGAUGAGGUUCUGACAGCAGAGGACUGUGAGAGUGUUUAUCAUCUGGUUUACUCGGCACAUCGACCCAUCGCCGUCGCAGCGGGGGAGUUCCUGUUCAAAAAGUUGUUUAGCCAUCGAGGUCCUGAGGAGGAGGGACUACCCAGGAGGGGCAGGCAGAGCCUCAACGGCAGCCUGAUCAAGACUACUGUGUUCUUCUUCUUGGAGAGUGAGCUCCAUGAACAUGGGGCCUACUUAGUGGAUAGCCUGUGGGAGUGUGCGUCAGAGCUGCUAAAGGACUGGGAGACUAUGAUCAGCUUGUUGCUGGAUGAGCCAAUGCCAGGAGAGGAAGCUCUAAACGAUCGUCAGGAGACAGCCCUGGUUGAAAUCAUGCUCUGUGCCAUUCGGCAGGCUUGCGAAUGUCAUCCUCCUGUAGGCAGAGGCACGGGGAAGAGGGUCCUGACUGCAAAGGAAAAGAAAACACAGCUGGAUGAUCGGACACGAGUCACAGAGAUGUUUGCAGUUGCUUUGCCUCUGUUAUUGGCAAAGUACUGCGUUGAUAUUGAUAAGGUGACCAAUUUGCUACAGAUACCAAAGUUCUUUGAUCUUGACAUCUACACAACUGGGAGGUUAGAAAAGCAUUUAGACGCACUGUUGCGACAAAUCUGGGAAGUCGUGGAUAAGCACACAGACACUGAGGUCCUGGAGGCCUGCUCUACCACCUACCACUAUCUCUGCAACGAGGAGUUCACCAUCUUCAACCGUGUGGACAUCGCCCGCUCCCAGCUUCUUGACGAGCUUGUAGACAAGUUUAAUAGACUCCUGGAGGACUUCUUGCAAGAGGGUGAAGAACCUGAUGAGGAUGAUGCUUACCAGGUUCUAUCCACAAUUAAGAAGAUCACCACUUUCCACAAUGCACAUGACCUCACUAAGUGGGAUCUCUUCACCAGCAACUACAGGCUACUCAACACAGGUCUACAGAAUGGCGAUAUGCCUGAACAGAUUGUGGUUCAUGCAAUGCAGUGCACACAUUACAUCAUCCUGUGGCAUCUAGCGAAGGUUUCAGAUGGCACUUCAGUAAAGGGUGACAUGGUGACCUUGAGAAAGCAAAUGCGAGCUUUCUGUUUAAUGUGUCAGCGCUACAUAAACACCAUCAACAACGCAGUCAAAGAGCAGGCCUUCACUAUACUGUGUGAUCUGCUACUGAUCUUCAGUCACCAAAUUAUGUCUUCAGGCCGGGAACAGUUGGAGUCUCUGGUCUAUUCGCCAGACUCUUCUUUGCAGGCAGAGCUACUCAACUUCAUCCUGGAUCAUGUUUUCAUUGAUCAGGAUGAUGACAACAGCACAGAUGGACAACAAGAUGAUGAAGCCAGUAAAAUUGAAGCUCUACAUAAGAGGAGAAACCUUCUUGCUGCCUAUUGCAAAUUAAUCGUUUACAAUGUUGUGGAAAUAAACACCGGAGCAGAUAUAUUUAAACAGUACAUGAGGUAUUACAACGAUUAUGGAGAUAUCAUCAAGGAAACAAUGAGUAAGACGAGACAAAUCGACAAAAUCCAGUGUGCAAAGACGCUCAUAUUGAGCCUGCAAAGGUUGUUCAAUGAGAUGUUGUCUGAACUCGGCUUCAAUUUCGACCGCUCUUCAUCAGCCUUCUGCGGCAUAAAAGAGCUCGCCCGGCGCUUCUCAUUGACGUUUGGUUUGGAUCAGCUGAAGACCAGAGAGGCUAUUGCCAUGUUACAUAAAGACGGGAUUGAGUUUGCCUUUAAAGAGCCAAGUCCCCAAGGAGAAGGAAGUCCACCGCUUAAUUUAGCAUUUUUGGAUAUCCUGAGUGAGUUCUCUAGCAAACUAAUUCGUCAGGACAAGAGGACAGUUCACAUGUACUUGGAGCGAUUCAUGACAUUUCAGAUGGCCCUGCAGAGAGAAGACUGCUGGCUGCCUCUCAUCUCAUACAGAAAUUCUCUGCAGGCUGGAGCAGACGACGACACUAUGUCUGUAAUUAGUGGGAUCAGCAGUCGAGGGUCCACUGUCAGGAGUAAGAAAUCCAAGCCAGCCACUGCCAGCAAAAGAAAAUUGCCUGAAGGUGAGCAUUGCUGGUGUACUUUGGUGGAGCAUUUAUUUUAUCUACCACAGCAACCGAUCUGCAGCAUGAUGAUGAUGCAUUCACCCCAUCUAACUUCCACUGUACUGAGGGAUCCAAAGAAAAUGAGGCCAGAGGACAGCUUCACAGCCACGUUCACCAUGCCAGCAGAGCAGCAUCCCCAUCAGCCUGUGCCUCCUCAGCAGCAGCAGCCACACCCUCAACACCAGACUACCAUUGAUUACAAUACCCAGGUUACUUGGAUGCUGACACAAAGGCAACAAGCUGAAGCCCGUCAGCAGCAAGAGCGGGUUAGCAUGCACUACGCCAAGAUGAGGAACCACAUGCAGCAAGCAAUUCGUCGAGGCUCUGGGCUCAUGGAGGAUGAUGAGGAGCCAAUAGUGGAGGAUGUGAUGAUGUCAUCUGAAGACCGCUUGGAAGAUAUCAAUGAGGGCAUGGAUUUUGACACAAUGGACAUCGAUUUGCCGGCAUCAAAGAAUCGCAGAGAAAGAACCGAACUGAAGCCAGAUUACUUUGAUCCAUCUUCCAUCAUGGAUGAUUCGGUUCUCAAUGUUUCAAUGUUUUAAUAUGAAAAGGACAGCAUGUCAUCGAACACCUUGGACGGUGAAAUGACUCUUUAUAAAUGAGAGUGGACUGGACUAGUAGGCUUGUGAGACACCAAUGUUUGCCUCUUUAACACUUUGUUAAAACUUAGAAGGAGUGCUUGAGCUUGGAUUUGAAUUUUAUUCUGCUAUUUUCACACACCGGAUUUUGGUCACACUGCGGCAGAGAUGUUUCGGUUUUUUGUUCAGUCGCCCUAAAAAAACUUGAUGCCAGCUAUCACUUGGCUACACUUGUUAUAAUGUGUGAAGCAGUACAGGUACAGAUAUUGUGUGGCAGUUUGCAUGGUGAUGGGACAAUAACAGGUCAAAAUUCAAGUGAAUGAUGUAUACCUUUAAACUCUUUAAGUAGACGAAAAAUGUCUGUAAAUACAUAGCGGCCAAUAUACAGGGAGGGUGAACACAAUUUCAUGAACACCAGAAAAUAUAAUGGGCUUGCAGAAUAACACUACUGUUUUGAUGCUUGUAGUGUUCAGUUAUUGUUGAACACUAUAAUAACCCUGCACUUUGUCACAGAGGUGGUAAUUGUGCUGGAUGGUCAUUUUUAAGCUUUACAUCGAGAAACUAUCUUAGGUUUAAACAAACCCCCUCUCUGAUGCAAUCCGAACAUACGCUGAACAUAUAAUGUUUCAUAAUGGCAGCAGUUAUUAAAUGGCUACUGCGUUAUAUUGGAAGGGUGUCAGUGGUAUUGUUGUUCACCUUCUGAACUUUUAAACUGUAGAUUCUGGCAUGGCAUGUAGCCAUAUAUCAAAACAUGUACACAGUAAGUAUAAUGUGAACUGGCGUGUCAUACUGUUUAAAGGCCUUGCCACAAGUUAUAUAUAUACAGCAUUCUCAGAUUUCUUUGUGAUGGUAUUUUUUAGAGACAUGUGUUCUGCUUUUAUACCUUCUAGAUAACUUUGAUUUAUAGAUAUUUUGUAAUGACAAUCAAAUGUAAAUUAAUGGUUUCUAUUAAUCAUGUUAUUUCACAUAGAGAUUGAAAUGAUCCUUUUUAAAGGAAAUGAUUAUGUUACUAUAGAUGUGGCCAGCUGUAUUUUCUUUUCGUCUCUUUGUAGCGAACGGGUACAAACGUACCUCAUUGCUCAGAUGUAGUAAUUUGACAAAUUGAGGCUGCAUCUAAAAUUAUUUUUUAAUGUUGGAAGAAAUCACAAUGUUGUAAAACUUUGACUCAACCUCAAAUAUGUAAUCUCUCCUAUAUAUUAACUAUUUUUUUCCACUGUAUAGUAUCUAGUAAUAUCUAAUAUUAGAGACAUGCCAUGAUUGCAAUCUUUAAAAGAAAGGAUUUUUAAAAUGGUUGAGAACGAUGUGUGUUUGUUUGGUUUUGUUUUGUUUUUUGUAUUUGCAGGUGUUCAGAAAUAGUUUUUCAAACUGCCAGUUUGGUUGGUUUGUGACUGCUGCGUGUAUAAGAGUUAUAGAAAUAUUCUAAAUUACAAAGCUUCUAAAUUCUUUAGCCAACAAUCAUAGUAUCAGAAUUGUAUAUUAUACAGUUACAAAUGUGUAAUAUAUUGUGAAUCGGUGCUCAUUUUAUAUUUACUGUUUCUUUUUGUGUGAAAUUUUGGGGAAUUGUCAAAGGAAAAGAAUGUAAGUCUUUGACAUUAAUCUACUAAUUUGUAAGUGCACACACAGUGCAUUGUUUUUUUUUUCUUUGUUUUACCGUGGAUUGUUCCGGUAUUUCUUCUGUGUAUUGGCCUGGCUGGCAGAAUCAGACUUUAUGAAAGAAGGUGUAAUCAUAUUGUAGCUGAAAAUGAAUACCUUAUUUCCUCAGUGUCACUAUAAUCUGGAGAAUCAAAUCAUCAGGUCUUAACCCUCCUGUUGUGUUGCGGGCCAGAUUGAUCCCGAACAGAAGAGAUGUCACAUGUCAUCUGCAUCACUACAGAAAACGAAAAAAAAAAAAUCAAAAUUAUACAAGAAAAUUGUAAAAUAAUCAAUGCCAGUGUUUCUGACACUUUUGGAUGAGUACACAUUCCCCAGGUCAAAUUGACCCAGGAACAUAAUUGGUGUUCCUGGAAACCAACAUAACAAGAGGGUUAAACAUUACCACAUACAUAAUAACUAUUCAUGGUAGGCAAAUGAGAAAAACACAUCUUAGACUUGCCUGUAAAUUUACAUGACUCAUGUCAUUUUGGAGCUUUUCUGUUUUGCAUCAAACUGCUGAAAAUGUGCAAACAUCUGUACGUUUAUACAUAUUUAAAUAUUUGCAUAUAUUAAAUUUGUGUUUAUAUUCUAUUUACAAAGUGCCCAUUGCAUCCUUUACGGUUUGUAUUUAUGUCUGGAGAUGUAACAUGAACAGAAUAAACCCUCUACAACUGUG